AUGUCGAACACAUCUUCAAGCUUGCCGCCCGAUCUGUUCGACCAGACCACCCUCAUCUCCCUGGCCGCAACUGUCGUACUCCUCUCUGUCGCCAUCGCUGUAUCCCGCCGCGUCCUCCACCCCGCGACUUCGACGAGCUAUCGCGUGCUUUUCAUCUGGCACGCCUUCGAUGCCCUGAUCCACUUCUUCCUGGAGGGCAGCUUCCUCUAUCACUGCUUCUUCUCCUACAUCCCGCUCGCUGACGUGCCCGACGCCGACCUCAGCAGCUUUCACCCCACCCCGGCCAACUUCCUCGGCCACUCGGACCGCAUCUAUGGCCCCCAAGCGGGUGGAAGCAAUCCCUUCGCGCAACUUUGGAUGGUGUAUGCACGGGCAGAUAAGAGAUGGGCUGGAGUGGACUUGGGCGUGAUUUCGCUGGAGCUAUUGACCGUCUUUGGCACCGGACCUCUGGCCGUAUGGAUCUGCUAUAGCAUUGCUAAGCGCGAUCCUAAGGUCAACAUCUGGAUGAUUAUCAUCGCGACGGCAGAGCUCUAUGGUGGAUUCAUGACCUUCUGCCCCGAGUGGUUGACUGGAAACAUUUACUUGGACACGAGCAAUUUCAUGUACCUGUGGGUGUACCUUGUCUUCUUCAACAUGCUGUGGGUCUUCAUCCCCAUCUAUGCCAUCUUCGUGGCAUACGGGGAGAUUUCUGCUGCCUUCAAGGCCCAAGGCGUGAGAAAGAAGCUCUGA